AAGAAAAGAUCUUGACCAAGCAAACAAUAGUACUGAUUUGGGUUCAUCUCAUAAUCCGUUUGAACCAUCAGCUGGGCAUAACACUCAUCCUUUUCCAAAUGGAAGACAACCAUCAGCCAAAGACGAUGCCACUGACGAUAAAUCCCCAACCCCUAAGAAACUUUCAGGAACUCCUCCAGCAAAAGGACCCACACAUCCCGGAAGUAUUUUUGAUCUUGGAGAGGAAGGUGGCUUCAUUCCUGGGGCAAUGCCAUCAAAGAAACCACCAAGUGAAAUUAAAGAGAAUAAAGGAGAUGAUUGGCGAAUUCCAAUGGAUGACCCAGGAGCUUCAUCAUCAACAGCGGAUUCCGGCAGUACACAAAGACCAUUACCUCCAGUUGAAGUUAAAAAAACCAAAUCACUGGAGAUUGUAAAAUGCAUAGUAUAUGGAGGUUUAAUAGAGUCAAUUACAAGCUUGGGUGUGAUUUCCUCUGCAGCUGCUUCCGAUGUUGACACAAGUAAUUGAGACCUUUUUUCUAAGUUUAACUUUUCAAUCUUCAUUAUCUUGGUUGGUUACUCCAAUUGUAAUCUAGGAGCUCUUUGUGA